GUCGUAUCACUGCGUCUACUAGCCAUUUGUUUACUUGCAGAAUGGGUGGAUUUCAUUGCAUUGUUGGUGUGGGUGUGACCUGGGUCCUGUGUAUGUCAGUUCUGACUGCCGAUGACUACUAUUCCUCCUCAACAUGGUCGCUCGAUCCAUUUUUGGGAUCUUACGAUAUGAUUUGGGCGCAGCAAAUCAAUAUGAUCAACUUCACCGGCGGAAUUAUUGGUAUUCCCCUUGCCGAAGUAGCAACCGGCGAGCGGCAGACUUUUAAUAAAACCAUCGACGGCAAAUACCAGCAGACUGUGGGUCGAACCGAUCCACGGUUUGAUGCGAUCAUAGUUUUUGAACUGAACAAACCUGGAAUUGUCAACAUACCCAACACCAGUCAAACGAUCAACUACACUUUCAUUAUGCUGAAUGCCACAACACUGCAAGGCACAUACGAAUGGAACUUUGGAGACCGCAUUGCCGAUUUCACCAUCACCUUUGCGUUUUAUCCGGAUGCCAGUGGCUUCUUUGAUACCGUUACAUUGACAAAGCCAAUGAAUCUGGUGGCCACCGCUCCAUUUUAUCGGGUCAAAUCUGGCGAUACCGGACCAAUUACACUUGGACCUUCGUAACAAAGAUGUCGUCGGAUCGUCGUAUUUUAAACGUCAAAAUUAUGGGCCAAUUAUUUAUUGAUCUUAAACUUUGAACCAAAGCCGUUUUUUAAUUAAUUUUGUAAUGGACAAAUGAGACAUUACACGCACGUCACUGCAGAAACGAAACUGAUGGUGAAAGCAACGAAAUCAUACAGAUUUUACAAAGUCCAUGUUUAGGCUUUUUCAAAUCAGAACAGCUCUUUUUCAAAACAUUUUCGGAAAUAUGUAAGUGGCUGU